ACGCACCGUAUUUCUGCAACUCGUCUUCCGAAGGCUAGGGCAUCGAGUGUGUUUCACUCCACUGAUCAGCAGCUGAAUUUCGCAGUAUUCUCUCUCGAUUUUCGCAAAUUCGGAUUGGAAUCGUUGAAAAGCCUCCCGGAUUGUCAAGGGGAGGGGUUUGACGAUGGGCGGCGGCGAUGCUAGCGUUGCAGGAAACCGCGAUGGGGGUGAUUCGGACAGCGAAAACAACGCCGAGGCAGGCGGUUGUAGCGGGAAUCAAGUGGCCGUGUUUAUCCGGUCCUCCAACGGCUCUAAGUUCUCGGUGGAGGCGUAUCUCGGCAUCACCAUCGGAGCCUUCAAGUCCUUAGUAGCUCAGCAGUGCGACAUCCCCGCCGAGCAGCAGCGGUUGAUCUACAAAGGCCGGAUCCUGAAGGACGACCAAACCUUAGAAAGCUAUGGUUUGGCGGCCAGUCACACUAUUCAUUUGGUUCGUGGCUUUGCUUCAGCUGCCUCUACAAAUACUGCAGGUGCAGGUAAUCCUGGUGCUCCAAGUCCUAACCAAAAUGCACUGAGGGAUACUGGCCCAGAUGUGAAUGUAGGUGGAACAUUUGAUGGAUCAGGUCUUGGAGCUUCAUUGUUUCCUGGGCUUAAUUUGAACAGACCUGGAAGUGGUGCAGGGUUAUUUGGAGAUGGACUUCCAGAUUUUGAUCGGUUUCAGCAGCACAUGAGUCAGAAUCCUGAUAUGAUGAGAGAUAUAUUGAACAUGCCUCUUUUUCAGAAUCUAAUGAAUAACCCAGAAAUUAUCCGCAACUCAAUCUUAAACAAUCCUCAGAUGCGAGAUAUUAUGGAUCGCAAUCCAGAGCUUGCGCACGUACUAAAUGAUCCUGCUACUCUUCGCCAGACAAUGGAGGCUGCAAGAAACCCUGAACUCAUGCGUGAGCUGAUGCGCAAUACUGACAGGGCUAUGAGUAAUAUUGAAUCUUCACCAGAGGGAUUUAACAUGCUGAGGCGCAUGUAUGAAACAGUCCAAGAGCCACUCCUGAAUGCAACCACCAUGUCUGGAGAUAUGAGAAGUGAUAUGGGGUCAAACCCUUUUGCUGCACUUCUUGGAAGCCAAGGAGUGGGUCAAGGCCGGGAUCAACUGAAUAAUCCUCCAACUACUGGUUCUGAAACAACUCCCACAUCUCCUGCUCCUAAUACUAAUCCACUUCCUAAUCCUUGGGCAUCUGCUGGGACUGGAGGCACACAAACAAAUACCACUGCUAGGUCUAACCCUGCUGGGGAUGCUAGGGCAGCACCGCAAGGUCGCUUAGGUGGACGUGGCUUACCUGAUCUGCUCAGUGGCAUGCCUGAUGCCAACACAGUAAAUCAGUUAAUGCAGAAUCCAGCCAUCUCACAGAUGAUGCAAUCUGUUCUCUCCAAUCCUCAGUACAUGAACCAGAUUCUUGGCCUUAACCCGCAAUUACGCAGCAUGCUUGAUUCCAAUCCUCAACUUCGAGAGAUGAUGCAAAACCCUGAUUUGCUUCGUCAGUUGACUUCCCCUGAGACAAUGCGGCAACUCAUGAAUUUUCAGCAAUCACUCAGUUCACAACUUGGUAGACAGCAGACUAAUCGAGAACUAGGUCAAAAUGGUGGAGCAGCAGGUAUAUUUGUGUACUUGAAAGUUAAAAUUUUAUUUUAUUUUCCUUCCCUUAAUAUGAAAGGAGCACAUAAUACUCUUGUAAAGUAUACUUCUAAUUUGCCCGACAGCCAACGGUUUUUUUUUGGUUUCGCUAAGUUUAUCUAUUGGAGAAUUCUUAUGACCUAUAACCUAUUCCAUAUAUAACAUUGAGAUUUUAUGAAUGUGUUAUAACUAUAUUUAGUAAUUGACUAGUUGUUUACUUAGUUGACUGAAGCUCCUAGUAUGUAUAACAAAUGAAUGUUUGAUAACUUGACAUAUCUUUUUCUUUCGUGGUUAUCCAGAAAUGUGUUUUACUUUGCUAGAAGCUAGAUUGAGGUUAUAAUAGAGAAGAUAGAUUGACAUAAAUAAUUAAAUUCUCAUAUACUCCACAUGAAUAUGUAAACUCAAAAAUCCAAUGGGAAUACGAUAUGCGCUGAAGGUGUAAUUUGCUAUGAUUCUGAGUCAUGACUUUUGAGUUUUGAACAACCAUUCUUAAAAUCUAGUUGUGUUUGACUAAAUGGGGAUUUAAUUGACACCUGACUGGGAGGUUUUGGAAAAUGUUGAGAGUUGUUUUUGGAAAAUGUUGAGAGUUGUUUUUUGUAAGAAAUUAACUGAUAAAUGUAAGAAAUUAACUUAUAAAUCUUGCAGCUCCUCACCUCCCCUUUGAGUAGAUUAAGGAAUUGUAGAGAAGAAAACAUUUUGUUUGAUAAACAAAGCAGUGGACAUCAUAAUAAAAUGUUUGGAGAUAAUGCACUCAGGUGUCUAGAGGAGUUAUCUUGUCAGCUUUCAUAGUUUAUUGUUUGUCUCU